GUUUCAAAUAGUUCCAAGGUCGCUGGAUGGAUCUACUUGCUAAUUUUAAUGACUUAGAAGAGUGUUUAAUAUCCGAUGAUCUUUUCGAAAAUUACUUCAAUUAUUUCCUGUCACUUCCGGUUUUUUCGCUUAAGUUACAGUACAAUAGACUAAGUGGUGAAUUUACCCUCACAGAUUCGCAUGAACUUGAUACCAAAGAGUCAUCACGUUUGGGUCUUUCGGAAGAAGAUCGAGAACGCGUUAUUAAAUGGGCUGAGUCGGAACGUCUUCCUUACUUUAUGCGGAGUGAUGUUUACAGGGAACUACUACUGUGCAAGUUCUUGAUAGCCCCGCUUGAACUGAAUACUGAUCUCAUCGAUUAUUGGGAGCCGUUUAGUGCAGAUUUAGCUAGCACUUUAGGUUGUCAUCCUGGAGUUAGUAGGCAUACUUAUAAUUCCUGGACGACAGAUCUCAGCACUUAUGAUGAUGAAGCAGAAAGCAGUUAUGAUUACAGUUCUGAAAAAAAUAGUAAAUCUACUCCAAUAAACAGUAACCAAUCAAAUAAUGAAACUCCUAAUAUAGUCAAGGAAUCUGUCAGUUAUGAGUCUUUCGAUACACUAAAAUCGGAAAGACGAAGAAGUCGUGAAUACUCAAAGUAUUUUAAAACUAGGAGAUUAACCAUGUUUGAAUGUAAUCUAGGAAAAAUGAAUGAUCUAAAUCGUCCAAGUCCAUUAAUUGAACAAACUAGUUGUGAUGAAAAUAGUCAUACAACAAGUAAUAAUAAUAAUAAUGAUAUUAACAAAAAAUAUCGACGUCAAUCAGAACCAAUUAAAUCAUUGAAUUAUUAUUAUCAUCCAUAUUCUUAUUCUAAAAAUGAUCCAUUCAGAACUAUUGAACAGAUUCAACAAAGUUUAAAACAAUUAAAUGAGGGAAAAUUAAAUUCAAGUAAAACAAGUUCAACUACUACUACUACUACUAAUAGUAGUAGUAGUAGUAAGAAAUCAAAAUCCCUCAUAUUUAAUAUUGAUAAUAAUAGUGAUUGUAAUAGUAAUAGUAAUGGUGAUAGUAAUGAUAAUACAAAAAGUAUUUUAUAUGAUGAAAUUGAUGAAAAGAAUAUAUUUCAUGAAAUUCAAGCUAUGGAAGAAAGACAAAAUAUACCAAUGCAACAAUUAAAAGAAUUAUUAUUAUCAUCUCGUGAUGGAAUGAAAGAUUUUAUGGCUUUUCUAGUGACAACUAAUGGAAUACAUCUUGUUGAUUUUUGGUUAGAUUGUGAAGCAAUUAAAAUGAUAUCAUCUAUGCAGAAUUCAAAUUAUGAAAGUAUUAAAUUGAAAUUUAAUUUAUUACGUGAUCUUGAAGAUCGUUACCUUCUUCAAUUAACAUCUAAAGCACGUGAAAAAUUAUUUACAUCAAUAAAUACAAUUUCUGAUUAUUUUCUAACAAGUCGCCAUGAUAAAAAUAAUAAUCC